CCAUCUCACCUACCACGACUCACUUUCUCAAAACGUCACCGAAAUCUCGUCGGAAAGAAAGAAAAGAGCAAAUCCGUGUACCACAGCCCCGACGGCGACGACACCAACGCCGCCCUCAAUGGCGCAUCUCCUCCGCAUGUUAUCGCCGCGCGGCAUCAGCAACAUCGGCAGCAGCAGCCGCAGUACGAUCCUCACACACCGAGCGAUAACGGCAACAUGUCGGAAUGUGGUUUUCCCUUCACAGCAGCAAGCACUACAACGACCGUCGUCACUACAAAACCUGCAAUCCCUACGCGCGUUCUCCGCCACGCCUCAGAGGAUGAAGAGGAAGCAGAAGGCUAGGAAGGAACCCCGUAUCACACACAUCCGAUACUACCUCUACCACCCCCUCACACCCCGAGCGCUGCGCUUCUCCCGAAACCGCGCCCUCCGCCACUGGACCAUCCACCGCGCCUGGAAACUCGCGCAGCGGAACCGUUUCGAAGCGCAGGAACGCUCGCUCGAGCGGCAGUACAACAGCAUGUAUUCGGCGUGCGAGGCCCUGCGGCUGAUGGACAACGACGGCUUCACCGAGUCCGACCGCGAAUCCCUGGCCGGCCUCGCCCCGCAUCCCAACGGCAGCAAGGAGAUCGGCCGGCUCUAUCGCAUCGCUAUGCUGAAGCAUGAGAUCUGGAAGGGCGUGCCGAUCGAAUACGCCCGCAUCCAGACCGAGACGCCCGGGCAUGAGCCGUGGAAUCAUUCCUGGAGGAGAUGAGAGGAGCGGGUUCGUCUGCCCCUUUGAUUUCUUUUUAGUUAGUGGGGGAUGGAGAGGAAUGAAGGGGGCACUCGAAAUGGAAUCGUGUUCUUCUUCUUCGUCUUUCUUUCUUUUCGAGAGCGAAGAAAUUCCGUCCUGAAACUCUGAUGGCGGGAGUUACAGUCAUAACGAGAUGAUCAAUGUUGCGACGUUUCUCCCCCAGAUCAGGAUUGUACAUUAUCAUUCUAUUUCCAUUCGGGAAAGAUAUCCCGAGGCCCGGACCAUCGAGGAGAAAUUCUUUUCGGCCAAAUUCAGGAAUUUCGAAAGCAAGUUCAUCGAGUGUUAUAUUCGAAAGUGGGAAGAGUUCAAGAAAUAAACAAACGGGG